AACCCGUUCCAAAACCAGACAGACAGCCGUUGCCAUCCCUAAAUGGUAAUUGAAGCUCAGUUUGAAAAUCAGCAACUCAUUCUCAUCUCUUCGUCGUCGGACUCUCAGAAAGCUGAUUCGCCAGUCAUCCGGGAUACCUGAUUCGAUUGGAAAAUAUGGAGAACUUGCAAUCUGCUCUGAACGCUCACAUGGAUCAGAUGGCAGAUCUGGUGGAGACGCUCUCCGCGGAAUUCCGCUCCGGACUCAAACCCGCUUAUGAAAAUUUCAUGGGUUUCUUCCACGCCAUUGACUGGAAGGAACCUUGGUUGAUUUGCCUUGUAUCCUUCCACAUAUUGUUGCUGCUUAUAGUUAUCCUUUCGAGGAAGAACGUCAACUUCCAGAUGUGCUUUUUCUUUAUUGCACUUAUAGGAGUGUAUCUUGCUGAGAGGCUGAAUCAUUUAUUAUCCAGCAACUGGAAAAGCUUUGCUGGCCAAAACUAUUUUGACCCCAACGGACUGUUUCUAUCGGUCCUCUGGUCGGGGCCACUGUUGCUUAUUGCAAGCAUUAUCUUGGUGAACAACUUGUUUUCAAUGUGCUAUCUGAUUGUGAGAUGGAAAAGGGCAGAGCUCAGACAUCGCGCAAGACUAGCUACUAAGAAAACCGAUUGAGUGAUGGAUUUACGGAAGCGAAUUUUGGUUUUGUCGGGGUGUGACUUGAAGAGGAACAAUUAAUUUGUGGAUUUUAACACAUACAUAGCAUGUUUUAGCAUUGAAUUGGAAAGGGCUAUUGUAGACUUGUAUUUUUGUUUUCCAUUGAAGAUGUGAUAUAUACAGCUAUGCGAACCAAGCUAAUUGAAAGCCUGCUUGGCUAGUUAAAGGCUGAGUUCGGCUUGUUAACUAACUA